AUGACCACCACCGAUUACUCGGCCCUGGACCGGCCCGAAAUUUCCAUGAAUUCCUUCUAUCCCCGGCGCAACUGGACGUCAACUCCGGCGGGCGCCCAGGACUUUGCCAUCCCGGUGGCGGAAGACAUUAGCCUGUCCUGUCGCUUCUUCCCGGUGGCCAACACGCAGCCGACCAUCCUGUUCUUCUAUGGCAACGGGGAGACGGCCGCCGACUACGACAACAUCGCCCCAAUAUACAACCAGGUGGGGGUCAACUUCUUUGUGGCCGACUACCGGGGCUACGGCCAAAGCGGCGGCCUGCCCUCCUUCGGCACCAUGCUGGACGACGGUCAUGUGGUCAGGGACGAACUGGUCAAGGCGCUCUCCAGCGGCGGCUAUGCGGGAGACCUCUUUGUCAUGGGCCGUUCCAUGGGCCGGCACGCCGCCUUUGAGCUGGCGACCAACAGUCCGGAAGGAGAGUUGAAAGGGGUAAUCAUCGAAAGCGGCCGGCCCAUCCUGGGCAACUUCUGCUAUGGUGUGGAGCCGGCGGUAGCGGAGCAAUUGGAGGCCGGCUACCGGGCCAAGGUGGCGUCAAUAGUCUUGCCGGCCCUGGUAAUCCACGGAGAGGAGGACACCCUGGCGCCGGUGGAGCAAGCGCGGGAGAUGUACAAGAGCUUUGCCUCGGAGCAGAAACGCAUUCUCACCAUCCCCGGCGCCGGCCACAACGACCUGCUUUACCGUGGCAUCAACGAAUACUUCACGGCUAUUCGGGAGUUUGUGGGGGUUUAGGGAAGAUUCAGCGGGGUAAUUAGGCAGGCAAAGUACAGCGACUAGACUCCCAACAGUUCACGUCUGGAGUUAUUUCGCCCUUCGAUGCUGGUUCCAGGCUACGGUUGGGAUUCUUCCCAUCGUUCAGAAUGACUGGGAAAGGUGAUGGACAGGAAGGGCGGACACACAGGUCCGCACCUACAUGGGCCUCUUUCGUGUUUCCUGGUCUUUUUCGUGGCUGACCAGUAAAGGGUCAGGCAAACCUGGGCAGCACUUCCUGACCGAACAGUUCCACUGCCCUUAGCGAGUCCUUGUUGGGCAUUCCGGGCCACUGGCACCGCAGCACCAGUUCCUCAAUCCCCAGCUCCCGGUAUUUCUCGAUUUCCGCGGCGCACUCGUCGGGGCUGCCGAUUAUGAACCGGUCGGUCAGCACCUGCUCAAAGCCCACGUCGAUGCGGUCGGCCUCGGGCAGUCCCUGGCUGUGGCCAGAAGCAGCCCGGUCCUGGUACAGCCACUCGACGUGAGGGCGUGCUAUACGGAUGGCCUCCUCCCGGGUCUCGGCUAUGAACAUCUCCCGCCAGGCUGAAAUAUACGGUUGCUUGCCCGCUGCCUUGGCCGCCUCCCGAUAAAGUUCCACCUGCCGCCCGAUGGUGGGCAGCGUGGAACGAGAGCUGACCAGCCAGCCGUCGGACAGCCUCCCUGCGCGGCGGACGCCCCGGUCCUGGUUGGCGGCGAUGUAUAUUCGAGGGUAGGGCUGCUGCAGGGACUUACCUGCGGCAGGAAUGUCAUUCAUCUGGAAGUGCUGGCCCCGGUGAGUAACCCGGUCUUCACUCCACAGUUGCUUCAUUACCUCCAGCACUUCACGGAAGCGGGAAAGCCGUUCCUCCUUGGGAAUACCGAAGCCCUCGAACUGGAAGUCGCGCCAGCCCAGGGCCGGGGCCAAUACCAGCUUGCCGCCGCAGAUAACAUCCAGGGUGGAAAGCUGCUCCGCCGCCUCGACGGGGUGGUACAAGGGCAGCAGGCCCACAAAGCCCAGCUCCAGGUCCGGGGCCUCGGCGGCCACCCGGGCCAAGAGCAAGGUGGCGUGGAAGUCGUUGUUCAGGUAGGCCGCGCCAGUCCAGAGGGAGUGGUAACCGUAUUUGGCGGCCAGCCGCGACUUUUCCAGACGACCCUCCAGGGCCUCGGCCCGGGAUUCGUGGGGCAGGUUGCCUCCCCCCAGGUUAAUUCCGAAUUUCAUGGUGCGGCAAUCUCCUCAUUGUCGGGACUCAAUAACGGUUUGAGGUACUCGGAUGCUGCGUGGAGUUCAAAGCCCACCACGUCGAACCCGUCCUCCUCGCUGCCAAAGUCAAUUAUCAAGGGAGAUGUAACUUCGUUUGAAACCCGGAUCUUCCGGCCCGGCACGAGCACGUAGAGGAUAUCGAGGUCCUCGUCGCAUGAAACUUUGAGG